GACUCAUUUCAGCUUUGACUUCAUAUCUGGAGGCACAGUAUCCAAAAUAAAUCCUCGCAAAAUGUUUGUCUACAUUUUAUUAACAUUCGCGUGUGUUCAUGCCCAGAUAACAUUGCCCAGUCACCAUCAACUGGUCGAGUUGGUUGACCAAGGGAUCAAGCUGCUUGAUGCAAAUCAUGACGGAAUCAUACAGAUGUCAGAGAUGGAAAGAGGAUGGCAGUAUGAAGACCUAAACAAUGACACGAUGGUGUCCAUUGACGAAUACAUCAAGACCUUUCAUUUGGAUCCCGCAGUCGCCCAGAAAUACUUCGACGUAUACGACACGGAUAAAGAUGGACUUCUCCCUCACAACUUCCUCUUUCAGUUCAUGCACCUGGUCGACAAAAACCAUGACGGACAGGUGACGGAUACCGAGUACUUGCACUACUCAAUAUCGCUUGCUGAAUGCCUGUUCGGCCACGGAACACAUGGUCAUUCUGCAAACUGCGACCAUUGAAGUAUGCUGACAUCAGGAAAUAAAAGAGAAUAAUCGUC